AGUUCAAAUUUGUAUUAACGAAAUUUCGCAUGUAGAUUUUUGCUUCAAUAUAAUUUAAUCCGUAUUCUGAAAAGAAAUAUGUUGUCAAAUCUGAUUGAAAACAGCGAAUUUGAUAUGUUCCAUCAUAGUAUAUCGGUAAUAAAUCAUGGUAGAACAUUGAAAUUCGUCUAUUUCGGAUUAAAUCAAUUUUCUCAUUGAAAACUAUCUUUCUAAUUGCAUUCGUGUUUAUACGCAAAAAAAUUCACUUGUACCGCAAGUUGUAUCUAAUUUUUCCGAUGCCUUAUUUUGUAAUAACAGCAUCAUAUAUAUUAUCUUUUUCUCAUAACAAGAGGUAAUCUGCAAUAUAUAUUGCUAUCUGUCAUGAAUGGGAUAAAUUAAUUGUCCUUUACGUAAAGUACCUGUGUACUUAAACAUAGCUGUUAAUGAAUUUGGAGUGCUAAGUCAAUAAAAAAGAACAGCUCUUGUCAUAGGCACGUUAUCAUCUUUGAAGGGUAUGUAACACAUAUAUGGCAGAUAUGGGUUUACUACCAAUUCAAAUGGAGACUGCAUCGGAUGAUUUCGAAGAUCUACCUGAUUUUAAAAAUUUUUCUUUCGACCCUGAAGACCAAUCUGGAACACCGUUUAUAAACGAAAUAUGGACUGUAAAACCUUUAAAAAGGAUUUUAUUAGAUAUAGCAGUUAUUUUACCAGUGGUAUUAAUAGGAUUAGCUGGAAAUUUCUUGCUAAUAUUCACGCUGAUCACCAAUAAACAUUUACAAACACCAACCAACUUGAUGAUAGGAAAUAUGGCAUUAGCAGAUAUGCUCUCCCUACUUAUACACCCUUGGGUUUACAUCAUUACUUAUGAUAUAUUUCAAAACUACGUUUUGGGCGAAUUUGUUUGUAAGACAGAGGCGGCUCUAGAAUCUGCAAUUCUGAUUUCCAGCGUGAUAAGCCUAUCGGUAAUUAGCUAUGACAGGUUGACGUCGAUAGCGGUGAAUUCAACGGCUCUGGACAUAAGACGGACCAAGAUAUGCAUGGUGUUGACGUGGGUGACGGGCUUUAUACUUUCUUCCCCGCAGGUCUUCCUCAGAAAGUAUAAGGAGAGGCAAUGGAAGGACUUCUUGGAAACAAUGUGCGGGGAGAAUCCUAUAAUUAUUAAAAUAUAUUGGCCUACCAUAAUAACAGUUUUGGUGUGGAUACCCCUGUCCAUUAUGAUCGUUUGUUACAUAUCGAUUUUUGCUAAACUGAGACGUUUCGAAAAAGUUGUACUGAGGAAGGCUUUGAACCACCAGAAAAAGGCAAGCUACAAGAAGAAAGCUGCAAGAAUGAUGUUCAUUGUUAUCCUGACGUUCACAAUUUGCAGAUUGCCUUUCACUGCUCUAAUUUUCUGGAGAUAUUCCAGAUUUAUGGGAAAAUCGGCUCAAAACAUAAACGAUAUGCAUGGAGGCAGUUUAUUGUUCUGGUUCACCUCGAAAUAUCUAAUUUUCGUAAAUGCUGCAGUAAAUCCAAUCAUCUAUGGAAUAACCAACGAGAAACUACGACGUGCUUUCAGAAAAUCAAAACUAUCGAAAUGGCUGUUUUGCGACAAGAAAGUUGUUACAGAUUUGCCCAAGAACGAGCAGAUUACAACGGAGAGAAUUUUUUUCAUCUUCAAGAAGAAGCUGUGGUCGAAGGGCGAUAACGCGACAGAUAUGAAAAAGCCAAAAAAUGAAGAAAAUAUUCUGAAAUAAAAAGUUUUCAAACGAAUUGUCAUUAUUAUUUGAAACUAAUAAGCUAUCAUUUGUUGCAACGCACCUCAGAGUAAUAAACAUAGACAGAGGGAGCAUA